AUGCCGUCGCCGCCGACGAACACCGUCGCUUCCGCCAACAACGGCGUAACCGCCGCUCUCGGCGAUGACCAUCUGAUUCGCGCUUCAUUCAGCACAGCAAACGAGCCAAUGGCGAUGGCGAUGGCGAUGGCCACCGUCGCAACCUCAGCCGGAGUCCAAGCCGGCGGACGAGUGAACAAUGACGACGACGACAGCCACGAGAACGACGAAGAGGAGGUGCACCGUCGACCGAGUCGCCGCCAGCGUCGCCGGGUGCGUAGUCUGAACUGUCGGCCGCUCGAGGACGAUGACGACGCCGCGACGGCAUUGGACUGGUCGAACCUGAGCCACCUGCGCACCCAGUCUUUGCCCGACUAUUCGUCGACGACGACGAUGACCGCCGUCAGUACUGCCGCUGGAACCGGAUCCGGCAUAGGGGUGGCGCUGCAGCGGCCUUUGCCGCCCUCACACCAGCAGACACCGAACCUCGCUGCCUCGGCUGCUGCCGGUACGUCUUCCUGUACAUCUGCCGCUGCCGGUGCCGCUGCCGCUGCCGCUGCCGGUGCCGCUGCCGCUGCCGCUAACGGCGCCAUAACAAUGCCGCCGAUCGCUCCCCGGAUGACCGACAAGUACCGUCAGAAUUCUAAUAUGACUACGACGUUCUCGAAGACCGGCUGCGGCGGCUCGUCGUCAGCAGCCAGUGCAUGUGACUCGGCGUCGAGGGUGGAUUUCUUCUGGGAAGGCCUUCUCGGCUGUCUGAAGCCGAUGUGGAACAUCCUGGGCAAGACCACGCACUCGCUGUCUCAGGAAAUACGUGUGCAGCAGAAACUGAAGGCGGCAGCGGCCGCCGACCGCGCCGCAGCCCACCUGCUGAAUGACAGCUGGGAGGUGCCAUUCGAGGGCAUCACCGAGCUGCAGUGGUUGGGCGCCGGUUCUCAGGGCGCCGUGUUCCGCGGCUACUUCAAUGGCGAGCUGGUGGCGGUGAAAAAGCUGCGCCAGGUCGAGGAAACGAACAUUAGGCAUCUUCGCAGCCUCUGCCACCCAAAUGUAAUCAAAUUCAAAGGCGUGUGCACUCAGGCGCCGUGCUACUGUAUCAUUAUGGAAUACUGUUCUCAAGGGCAACUGUUCGAAGUGUUACGCAGUGGCAGAGCCGUCGGCCCGAAGCUGCUGAUCGACUGGGCGAAGCAGAUUGCGAGCGGCAUGAACUACUUACAUCAACAGAAGAUCAUCCAUCGAGACUUGAAAUCUCCGAAUAGCUGCGACAACAACAACAACAGCGACAGCAAAUUUAAUAAUGGCGUCCACGUCAAUGAUACCAGACGAGAACCAGUAUUUGAUGAUGCAGGCCAGAGCGACUACGUGUGGGUGAACUGGCCGCUACACUACAGGUUUUCGUCGUAUGCGACGUUCUUCUGCAUGAGAUUUAGUUUGUCUCCAGCGGCCACUGGCGACCACUUAGAAUCGACUAUUUUGGUCAUCUCGACAGUUCUUUAUGACUAG